AGUCUGGCGCGGGCGGCGCGGGAGGCGGGCCAGGGGGUGACCGCGUCCAGGUGCCCAGAGAGGCCGCGGGGUCGGGCAUCGCCAGGGAAACGGGUCCCCGUUAGCGGGUGGGCCGGGUUCCCGCCGGGUGAAGUCAGAGUGACCAGUGACCACAUCCGCUCUUUGGGCCAGACUCGGCCGUAAAGUGCUCGCGUUGGCGGGAGUGCAAGCAUCUUCUUUCGGAGCUGGGCACCGCGGGUGCGGGGGAGGGCACGUCUGACGCGGGCAGAGUUCCAAUGGCAGCAUCGCCCGCCAGCGCCAGAGCCUUGAGAUGGCGCCCAAGGCCAGGAAGGGACUGAAAGGCUCCAUCGACGACGUCCUGGGGGGUCUGCUGGAAGAUGACGGCAGCCCCCUGGAGCAGCCCGUCAGGCUCACUCCCCAUCCCGAGAGGCCCAGAGCCGGGUCCCUCCUGGGAGCCAGUGCCCUCGGUGCCGUGGCGGGCCUGGCCGAUGCUAAGGCGCAGGAUUCUGAUGUCUCUGAGGCGGACCCCCAGGACUUGCUUCAGUCCCUGGACCUGGACGAGAUGGACGCUGACCUCUUAGGGCUGCGGAAACCAGCGCUGGCGCCCGGUCGAGCAGCCACCAAGGGGCCUAGGGAGGAAGAGCUGCCGGGUCACCGCCAGGCAGCGGGGGGCGCCAUUCCCAGCAAGAAGCCGCCUGGAAAGUUCUCCUUUGAAGACGUGGAGGAUCCCCUGGCAGGGCUCCUCUCUGACGUGGAGGACGGCGCCGAGAAGCCUCUGGUGGAGACGGAAAUCCCAGCCCCGGUCCGGGAUCCAGGCCCCUCUGUGCCCCUGACGCCGGGCGAGACCCCCGUCCGCAAGAAGCAAGACUUGUUUGAUGACGGGGAUGACGUCAUGGCGACCCUGGAGUUCGGAGACAGCCCCCCGGCGGAGCGGAGGCCCCUGGGGGACCAGGAAGCGCCCCGCCCCGCGCGCUCCAAGCUGGACGAGCUGCUGGGCCGGAGCCCCGCUGCCGCCCUCCUGGGCCGCCCGGCCACUGGGGAGCGCCGCGAGUUCAAGCUGGACAAGAAGUACCAGCGGCCACAGGCCAGCCCUGGUGGCAGCUCCCCGGCCCCCACGCCCGCAGACAAGGCAGAGCCGUGGGCCAACGAGGACUUCACCUUCGGGGCAUACCAGCCCACCGUGGGCUCCGCCCGAGGCCGCCAGCCACGCCGGCAGUCGGUCAGUAGGUUCUCGGAGGGCGGCGCGGACCCCCAGGGAGAGCCAGGCCCCGGCCCCGCACAGCCCCGGAAGGGAGGUGCCGACUGGCUGGGCCUCAAGGACGAUGACGGGGACCUGUCCCCCACCGGCCCCAGCAUGGACGCCGGAGGGGCCCUGCCCCCUGCAGGGAGCCAGCGGGCACCCCCCGGCCGGCCCACCUCGGGGCCACGGGCACCCACCCAGAGCCCGGCGUCCCCGACCAAAGGCGGCCCGGCUCCCCGGCCCGGAGCGUCGGACGCCGAGGACACGGAGGAUUGGCUGAGCCACGCUCUGUCUCGGAAGCGGGCGCAGGGCCUGGCCAGAGACGACCCCGCGGCCGCCUCCAGGGGCCCCAGCUCUGCCGCCGGCCCUCCCUACUCGGCCAGCCCACGCAUGGCCAGUGCGCCGAAGGGGGUCCCAGAGACGGCACUGCAGGAGCCGCCCGCCAGGCCAGCACCCCUGGGGCCGUCCGCGCCCCGCAGGCAGGCUGCCGCGGCCCCCGGUGCAGGGGACCCGGAGCAGGGCGCCGCGCCCGGACGCCUCCCCAGCCCAGAGCCCGCGGGAAGCAGCCGGAGCCUCCUGGAGCCCGCAGAGCCCUCUGUGCCUUCCCAGCCCCUGCGCAGCCUGGUGCCGGCCCCUGGGUCGCAGAAGCAGCUUCCGGCCGCGCAGGCCCAGCUGCAGGGGGGCGCGGCCGAGCUCCAGGCCCAGCUGCUGCAGAGCCAGGCCCGGCAGGCCGAGCUGGAGACCCAGGUGCGGAAGCUGGAGCUGGAGCGCGAGCAGCAGCAGCUGCUGCUGGAGAGCCUGCAGCGGCGCCACCAGGCCGACCUGGAGCUCCUGGAGAGCGCGCACAGAAACCGCCUCAAGGUCCUGGAAACGUCCUGCCAGCAGCGGGAGGAGCGGCUGCAGCGGGAGAACCAGGAGCUGUCGGCCCGGUGCCUGGCGCACAGCCAGGAGGCCGAGCAGGCCUGCGCCGAGCUCAGCGCCCAGCACCAGCGGCGCCUGGCCGCCACCCUGCAGGAGAAGGACCAGGAGCUGGAGCGGCUCCGGGAGCUGCAGCGAGCCUCCAUCCUGGAGAUGCGCAAGGACCACGAGGAGCAGCUGCAGCGACUGAAGCAGCUGAAGGACCGUGAGAUCGAUGCCGUCACCAGCGCCACUUCCCACACGAGGUCCCUGAAUGGCGUCAUCGAGCAGAUGGAGGUGUUCUCCAACAACCUGCAGGAGCUGUCCUCGCGCGUGGAGGCCUCGCACCUCACAGCCACGCAGGAGCGGGAGUUGGGCAUCCGGCAGCGGGACGAGCAGCUCCGAGUGCUGCAGGAGAGACUAGCCCGGGAGCAGCGGGACAUGGAGGAGGAGCGGAGCCGGCUGCAGGAGGUCAUCGGGAGGAUGGAGACGCGCCUGAACGAGCAGAGCCGGCAGCUGGAGCAGGAGCGCUGGCGGAUGAGCACUGAGCAGUCCAAGGCGGAGUCCAUGCAGCGCGCUCUGGAGGAGCAGAGGAAGGCCCUGGGCCAGCAGAUGGCCAUGGAGAGGGAGGAGCUGGAGAAGGCCAAGAGCGCCCUGCUGCAGGAGCAGAAGUCUGUCAUGCACAAGUGUGGGGAGGAGCGGCGGCGCCUGGCGGCCGAGUGGGCCGAGUUCUUUGCGCAGCAGAAGCUGAGCAAGGAGCGGGCUGAGCGCGAGGUGGAGCGGGCGUUGCAGGUGGACAGCCAACGGGAGGGCACCCUCCUCAGCCUGGCCAAGGAGCAGGCAGAGCUCAAGGUCAGGGCCACGGAGCUGCGGGCCAAGGAGGACCAGCUGGCAGCCGAGCGGGAGGCGCUGGAGCGGGAGCGGCAGGAGCUGCGGCUGGAGAAGGAGCGGGUCAGCGCUGCCGCCCUGCGCCUCCGGCUCCGCUCCGAGGAGGUGGAGAGCAUGAGCCAGGUGGCAUCCGAGAAGUACGAGGAGGGGGAGCGGGCGCUGCGCGAGGCCCGGCACAUGCGCUCCGAGCAGCAGGCCCGGCUGCAGCUGGUGCAGCAGCAGCAAGAGCGGCUCCGGCAGCAGGAGCAGCACAUGCACCAGGAGCACCUGAGUCUGGCCCAGCAGAGGCUGCAGCUGGACCGUGUCCGACAGGACCUGCCCUCCUGCCCUGCAGGGCUGCUCCCCAAGGCCCUGAGCCCCACAGCGCCCAGCCUGAGUGCCCUUGCCGUGCCUGCUCCUAAGCCACCAGCCCCCGGCCCCGCACACCUUCAAGCCAAGCUGCUGCUGCUGAGACAUGCAGCUGAGCAGGACCACGACUUCUUGGAGAAUGAGCAGUUCUUCCUGCAGACCCUCAAGGCCGCCCCCUACAACCUGAGCACCCACUCGGCCUGAGGCAGCCGCCUCGAACCAUCCAGGCCUGCGACACCCCUCCCGGGGCAGAGGCCCAGAGGUGCCCGGGGAGCCACUGCCCCAACUCGGCUGGGCCACUCAGAUGCCUCCGUGCGCACCCCGGUGGGGCCACAGUGCCUCUCAGAGCCUCCCCUUCCUGGGAGCCAGUUUCGGGAGACAGGCGCAGCCGCCACGGAAGUGCCUUUCCCCUCCUGCGGGGUCCGAGCGCAGCCUGCUUCUGAGGAGGGGGGCUGCAGCUGCGUCCGGGGAGGGGAAGUUUACCCCUACCCCCCAGCCAGGGGGAGCAGGGGGAGCAGCCCUGCCACCCACCAGGGCGACCUGUGCCCAGCCCACUGGGACAGAUGGACUCGAAUAAAACCAGUCGUUCCUAAAGCGGCUU